CUUUAGUCCACCAGGUCAGGCCACCUCUUUUCCUCUCUCUCUCCAUUUCUUAUUUCUCUUCUUUAUUUUCUUCACACACACCCACCAUUUCUUUCUCAUCUCAUCUUCUUUCUGAUUUCUCUCUUCUCUCUUCUCUCUUUUCUUCUGUUAAAGAGGUGGUGACCUUAGAUCUGUUGCUUCAUCUGAGGUUUGCUUAGUGGUGAAGUUUGAGACCGAGCUGGCACUACAAUACUAUCUCUAAGUCUUUUGGAGAUUGUGAAUAUAAAGUAUAGGCCUAAUGCAAGGGCAACGGAGUGCCAUUGGAUCCCUGCCAGAAACUUUGGGUUUCACUCAUGGUUCAACACCGACUGAUGGCGGUAUAGAUCAGCAGAUAUGUUGGAAUAAUAUGCGAAAUCCUGCACAAAGUCGGUUACCAGAUUAUAUGGUGCCUUCUAGUGAGACAAACAUACCAUUUCUUAGUCAUGCAAACCAAGAAAGACAGAAUGUAAUUGGUUGGAGUUUAGGAGAAUCCAGCUCCUCCAGUGCACAAAAUAAUGUUAGUCGUAGUGAAUAUGGGUCUUCCAAUAUUCUUACAUUGGGUGAUGUUGAAGUAAAUUUGAACAACCAGAUAGCUGACAACACUAUAUUUUCUCAAGGUUCUACUUCUAGAACCGUUCCUCAUGAUCUCAAUAGAAGUUCUGGACUUGAGGGGCAUGACGACGAUACAGAUGAUGAUGAUGACUGCCAAGUGAUGGAGUUCGCCCCGACAUUCAAAUCUGAUGGACCAGGAAAAGAACGGAUGUCAACCGCCAGUACUUCUUCUGAUCCUUUUGCUGGGCCUUCUGUAACUAAUAAUGGAUUUCUGAUGGAGGAAAGUGAUGGCAGGCCAGGCUGUUCACUGGAUGGUCGACGAAUGGCUUGUAAGAGAAAAGCACUUGAAGGACAUCUGGGACAAUCUUCAGGAAGUGGAAGUUCAAAUUAUCAUCUUCCAUGCGCGGAACACAGCUUAUGGCGUUCUAUACCUGCUCCGGUUAAUAUGACUACAGGUGCAAAUAUCCCUGCACCAACAGAAAGUAGCAGAAGUAUCAAUUUGUCAGAGCAGGUGAAUCCAAGACUUGGGCUCACCAUGGGUGGUGGGGCCACUAUGGAAGGUCCUGUUGCAUUGCCUGCUUCAAGAAGUGUAGAAAGUUUCCGAAGAAAUUUCAGGCUGAGGAUCAAUGGCUCUCAUCAGCAAGCUUCUAUUCCCAGUAAUCUGUUUCCUACUGCGGGUAAUGAUGGAAAUGCUAGCAUGCUUCGUAAUGAAUCUUUGGAUUUGAGGUCUGUGUCUGCUGCAGAUAAUGGAAAUCCCCGAGGCCAGCCUGUUGCGGUGCAGGUUCCUUCUCUUCGACGAAGUGCACAGAGGUGGGAUUCAUCAUCAAGCUCAAGAGCUGGCAGUUCAUCAAGUUUUUCUGUUUUUGGAGAGAGAGAUCCUGCAGCAUAUGAAGAGCCAGGCUCAAGAAGUGUGCCCAGAAACAUUUCGCAGCAUCCAAUGUUCAUACCUGCUAGCGACUUGAGAAAUUUGAACCAAAAUCCAGCCAACUGGAGUUUAACCGGUGGAAAUAUUCCCGUUGCCGGAAAUGUUGCAUCUGCUUCUCGGAGUGGUCCCAGCUCAGUAGCCCCUUCCUCUUCCCCUUCCCCUAGUUGGGUACAACACAGAAAUCCUCAGCAAUAUCCCCGGAGACUGUCAGAAUAUGUUCGUAGAUCUUUGUUGUCUUCCGGUGGCAGUGAACCUGGAAGUCACAAUGCUAACAUUCCACCACGUUUGAGUUCCGCUGCUUCACAGGAGAUGGGGCUUUCUGGCCAUCAUGGGCAUCGUCCGUCAAGUUCAAGGUCGGCCAUGCUUGAGAGACAACUCGAAGGUGCUGUUGGGGUUCCAUACUCGUGGAGGACCUUGGCUGCUGCCGGUGAAGGUAGAAGCAGGCUAGUUUCGGAGAUUCGCAAUGUUUUGGAUCUAAUGCGCAGGGGAGAGGGCUUAAGAUUCGAGGAUGUCAUGAUCCUUGAUCAGUCAAUGUUCUUCGGGAUGGCGGACAUUCAUGAUCGUCAUCGCGAUAUGCGGCUUGAUGUUGAUAACAUGUCAUAUGAGGAAUUACUUGCACUUGAGGAGCGCAUUGGGAAUGUCUGCACUGGGCUGACUGAAGAAACCAUUUUGAAUCGUUUGAAGCAACGGAAGCAUGUACGCAUUAGAACAGAAGAACCCGUGGACGCUGAGCCAUGCUGUGUUUGUCAGGAAGAAUACAAGGAUGGCGAGCAUCUUGGGAAACUGGACUGUGGCCAUGACUUUCAUGCCGACUGUAUUAAACAAUGGCUGAUGCAAAAGAACUUGUGCCCCAUUUGCAAAACAACAGGGCUGAAUACUUCAGGAAAGCAUUGAUCCUUAUUCUCUCGUGUAAAAAAAGUUGGAUGUACCGGUUGGGCUAUCGAAGGUUGAUGCACCAAGUGUGUCUCCGCUUUUGGCCCAUAAGUUCAUUUGAGAAAGAUCUAUGUAUUUUUCUCGUUAAUUUUAUUGUGAUCUCCAUUUGGAGGAGUUAUUUUAGAGCUAGAAGAUGCACUAGCAACAUUAGGGAUUCGUUAGACAAGAGUUACAUUAUUUGGUUAUUUGGAAAUUUACAUUCUCCCUUUCCAAUUUAAUUGAUACCUUUUAAAAUAUUUUUGGUUCA